AUGGAAUUCAAUCCCUACACACUGAAUGGCGGCACACCAAACGUUAGAAUGUGUCUUACCGGCUUCCAUGGAGAUGUUAUUACGCUAGUUAAGUUAUUGGAAUCCCGUAUUAAGGAAUUUCGCUACCAACACAAGAAGGAUAUAUCACUUACCGCCUUUGCUAAUUUGGUGUCUGUUUGUCUGUAUUCGCGUCGGUUCUUCCCCUUUUAUGUCAGUACUAUUUUGGCUGGUAUUGAUGAGGAUGGUAAAGGUGCCAUUUACUCGUUUGACCCGGUUGGAUCCUAUGCGAGGGAAGUCUAUCGCGCAUGUGGUACAAGUGGCGCUAUUUUACAGCCUUUUAUGGAUAGUCAGAUUGGCGACCCUGAUCUCACCGCUGAAUGUGUUCAAAUGGAGAAGGGUCCCGCAGUUCGGUUGGCCAGGGACGUGUUUAUUAGCGCAGCCGAAAGAGACGUCUAUUGUGGCGAUGCCGUUGUCAUCGACGUAAUCACUGCUUCUGGGGUUAAUCGGAUAUGUUAUCCCCUGCGGCGCGAUUGA